AUGGUUGUCUUAUCGAAUAUUGUGAUUUUUAUGAGUUUUAUUCAAAUUAUUCACAGCCUCGAUUCAUGUCGACAAACAUUUGGAAAGCAUAAAUAUGAUCUUAAUCGUCUGAAUCAUCUAGCGUUGUCAGGAGAUGAUGGCGAAUUUCGAUAUGUGUUGACUCCAUGUGGACUAGUGCCUACAGACAAAUGUGGAAAAAGUGGAACGCCAUUCGGAAAGGGAAUGAUGGCAUGCCAGGAAAGAAUUGCUACGAGCAGUUUUGAAUCAGCGAUGGGUUUUCUUGAUGGAUAUGGGAAAACACCGAAUCUUGAAUUUGUUGAAAAUUCACAAGGACCAGGAACAGGAGUUUUAAUGACCGUUCGAAAUGCGUUAUGCAAUGGACGAGAACGUCUAGUUAAAAUUACAUUCGUUUGUGAUGAAAGUCAGAAAAAUCCAAGCACAAUGGUCGUAGUCGAAGGUCCAACUUGCCAGUUUGCUAUAACAGUGAAAGCAGCAGAUGCGUGUCCUGUUCAAGGUAGAAUUUCUGGUGGAAUAAUUUUUAUUAUUGUUUUACUAGUUGUUAUAAUCGUCUAUAUAAUCGGCGGUGUUUCAUAUAAUCGAUUCAUCAAGAAACAAACAGGCUUAGGAAUUUUACCACAUCCAGGGUUUUGGCUACUCGUAGUCGGAUUAUUUAUAACUGGGUGUAAAUUUUGCGUGAAUUUUAUUUUGAGUUGUGGUCGAGGAACAUCGGCAGCUCCUGGAAGUAAAUAUGAAUCUGUUUGA